AUGGACUGGGACUCUGUUACCAAGAUCGGUGGCAAGCACCGUGGUGCUGGUGCCGCCCCUCGCGAGACCGUCAUCAAGGGCAAGAGCGCCCUGAACGCUGCCCAGCGAUCUGGUGGUAUCCUCGCCACCGAGAAGAAGUACACCACUGGUAACAUCUCCGCCAAGUCCGGCGCCCCCGAAGGCCAGCACCUCACCAAGGUCGACCGCAGCGACGAUAUCAUCAAGCCCAAGACUGUCGGUCUGGACGUAGCAGAUGCCAUCAAGCGCCGCCGCGCCGAGGAGGGCUACAAGAUGACCCAGAAGGAGCUCGCCACCAAGUGCAACACCACCGUGACCAUUAUCCAGGACUUUGAGCGUGGUUCCGCCACUCCAGACCAGAAGGUCCUCAGUGCCAUGGAGCGCGUGCUCAACGUGAAGCUCCGUGGUACUGACAUCGGUAAAGAAAAGUUCCCCAAGAAGAAAUAA